CCGCGGGGCGCGGAGGACCAAGAGGAACCGCUGCUGCGGGAAAACCCCCGCCGCUUCGUCAUCUUCCCCAUCCAGUACCACGACAUCUGGCAGAUGUACAAGAAGGCCGAGGCCUCCUUCUGGACGGCGGAGGAGGUGGACCUUUCCAAAGACAUCCAGCACUGGGAGUCCCUAAAGCCUGAGGAGAAGUACUUCAUCUCUCAUGUUCUUGCCUUCUUUGCUGCCAGCGAUGGCAUUGUCAAUGAAAACUUGGUAAGUGGAGCGGUUGUCACAGAAGCUCGCUGUUUCUAUGGCUUCCAGAUUGCCAUGGAAAAUAUACAUUCAGAAAUGUACAGUCUUCUUAUUGACACCUACAUUAAAGAUUCUAAAGAGAGGGAGUUUCUUUUUAAUGCCAUUGAAACAUUACCAUGUGUUAAAAAGAAGGCUGACUGGGCCUUGCGCUGGAUUGGGGACAAGAAAGCAACAUACGGAGAACGUGUAGUAGCUUUUGCAGCAGUGGAAGGAAUCUUCUUUUCUGGCUCUUUUGCAUCAAUUUUUUGGCUGAAGAAAAGAGGAUUAAUGCCUGGACUCACUUUUUCUAACGAACUCAUCAGUAGAGAUGAGGGCUUGCACUGUGACUUUGCCUGCCUCAUGUUCAAGCACUUGAUACACAAACCAUCAGAAGAGAGGGUAAAGGAAAUCAUCAUGGAUGCUGUUCUCAUAGAACAGGAAUUCUUAACGGAGGCUCUGCCUGUAAAGCUGAUUGGCAUGAACUGCACUUUAAUGAAACAGUACAUAGAGUUUGUAGCAGACCGGCUUAUGCUGGAACUGGGAUUUAACAAGAUAUACAAGGCAGAGAAUCCUUUUGACUUCAUGGAAAACAUCUCUCUGGAGGGCAAGACCAAUUUCUUUGAGAAGAGAGUAGGUGAAUAUCAGAGGAUGGGAGUCAUGUCGAAGCCCACAGACAACUCUUUCACCUUGGAUGCAGAAUUUUAAAUGAACUGAAACCAUGAGUUGUGUAUGCUCCUGUUUACACAGAAACAUUAGAUGUAUUGAGUCAGUGUGACUUAAUUCUUGUGCUAAAAUCCCACUCUU